GGCGCGCGCUUCCGGCCGGCGCCGUUUCCCAGGGACGCCGCCGCCCCUCGCGCCCCGCGCCCGCGCCCCCCGCGCCCGCGUCCCCGGCGCCGCUGGCCCGGAGCUCCCCGAAGCCUCGGCCCCGCCGCCGCCGGCCCUCGCGAGGGGAAGCCCGGGCCGUACGGGACCUCGGCCCGCUCCUCCGGACCCGAGAGGCCGCUGCACCGGCUGCCGCUCCGGAUGCUGCUGCUGCCGCCGCGGCCCCCCCACCCUCGGGCCUCCUCUCCCGAGGCCAUGGACCCGCCGCCCCCCAAGGCGCCCCCUUUCCCCCCGGCGGAGGGCCCUGCGUCCACUGCGUCCUCGGCGGCGGGGCCUCGGCCCCCGCGGCUGGGCCGCCACCUGCUCAUCGACGCCAACGGGGUCCCCUACACGUACACGGCGCCGCUGGAGGAGGAGCCGCGCGGCCCGGCCCCGCGCGAGGCGCCUCCCGGAGAGCCCGGGCCGCGCAAGGGCUACAGCUGCCCCGAGUGCGCCCGCGUCUUCGCCAGCCCCCUGCGGCUGCAGAGCCACCGCGUGUCGCACUCGGACCUCAAGCCCUUCACGUGCGGCGCCUGCGGCAAGGCCUUCAAGCGCUCCAGCCACCUGUCGAGGCACCGUGCCACGCACCGCGCCCGCGCUGGCCCGCCGCACGCCUGCCCGCUCUGCCCGCGUCGCUUCCAGGACGCCGCGGAGCUGGCGCAGCACGUGCGGCUGCACUGAGCCGGCGGGCGGCCCCGGCCCGGCGCCCCGCGUGCAGCUCCCGGGUGGUGAGCGCCUGCCAUCUGCGCGGGAGGGUCGACGACAGACCGCGGCAGCGGCCCGGUUCGCUUCCGUGUCUCCCCUCGCACCUGCCACCCUCACCCUCUCUCAAUAAACAUUCCGCACUUCA